AUGUCUUCGAGAAAAGCAGCAGGUAGAAGAGCCACCACAAAAAAACGAGCUCAAAGAGCUACAUCGAAUGUAUUUGCCAUGUUUGAUCAAGCGCAAAUUCAAGAAUUUAAAGAAGCAUUUAAUAUGAUUGAUCAAAAUCAUGAUGGAUUUGUCGAUAAAGAAGAUUUGCACGAUAUGCUCGCUUCAUUGGGUAAAAAUCCAACAGAUGAAUAUUUAGAUGCUAUGAUGAACGAAGCUCCAGGACCUCUAAAUUUUACAAUGUUUCUCACACUUUUCGGAGAAAGAUUACAGGGUACAGAUCCGGAGGAAGUUAUUAAAAAUGCAUUCGGAUGUUUCGAUGAAGAAAACACAGGAUUUAUUAAUGAAGAUAGGCUGAGAGAAUUGUUGAUAACAAUGGGUGACAGAUUCACAGAUGAAGAUGUUGACGAAAUGUAUCGCGAAGCACCGAUUAAAAAUGGAAUGUUUGAUUACAUUGAAUUCACACGCAUAUUAAAACACGGAGCCAAAGAUAAGGACGAAGCGUAA